AUGGCCCCUGAGGAAUUCCUGCAUGGCGCAGUGUUGGACACAAUAGUCCCCUAUGCCACCCAGGUCAAUCUCGAAGAUGCUCUACAGGCUUCAAGUCAAGAAGAUAUCGAAGACUCCUCAUCGCUCCUCCCUACAAUCCGCCAGCGCUCUCUCCUGUUCUUUGAUGAACUUCUCCCUGUAUAUAUCGUUCUACGCCUUACGAACUGCUCGGAGCAUGCCCUGAAAACUCAGCUAUCCCGAUUGACGGUCCAAGUGGAGGCAUAUGCAGCCAAUGGAAUUAAUGUCGAGGACGGCGAGAGCGAAGGCGCGCAACAACAACAAGCUAGAGACGUUAUAUUUUCUGGCACAGUGAGUGAUGACGAGGACCCGCUGGUGAUUGUCAAUGAAGUCGAAAACGCGGAGGAUGUAGUAAACUAUGUCUAUGUCAUAUGGAAAUUGGACACCUUUCUCAGUCGCCCACGACUCCGGCUCCAGCAUCCAUCUGUUGUGUUUAGUGCCUCUGCAACCUUAAACCCGUUGGAUGCUUCAUCUGGAGAUUACGAAGAUGAGUACCUACCAAGCGGCAUACCGGGGUCUGUGAACGUUUUUCAGUCCCUUGCAAAAAACGGCCCUCCCGACCAGUCUAAGCCACAGCCAUUCCUCCCCGCGUCGAGACUGUUAAGGGUGGUUCCAACCGUUCAGCAAGAUGCAUCAUCAUACCGUGUGCAACAGAUAGCCCAGAGACCCCUCCGUAUCAUACCUAUUGCCAGUUCGCGAAUCCGGUAUUCGCGCCUCAAUACCUAUUCCGGAAAACCCACGACAAUCGCUAGCCUUGACUUUGAAGUUACCCCUUUUACGAAUUUCGACGUCAUACUGGAGAAAACGGAUGUAACCCUCUUCGACGGCCAGGUCGAAAGCUUGACCUCUGAUCACGGAUAUGCUCUUCCAGUAACCUGCCGUCCACGAGAUGAUGUGACAUUUGUAUAUAAACUCACGCCGUUGCAUGGAAUGGAGGGAGCCUCAUCCACCACCGCGGUCGUUUACGCUUUAGAUAUCUCCCUAGAGGCAACAAUAUGCGCAUCAGGUGAAUGCCAACCCAAGAUAUCUAUGAAAUGGCGCACCAACGUCGACUUCUCCCUGCCUCUCAACCCGUCCUUCGGCGCGCCUAGCCAAGUUCUCCAACGAAACAACCGCCCUGCCAGCCUUCCCAUGACGCCGAGUCAAAGUGCCAGUGGCAGUGGCGGUGGUGGUACAACGCCAACAACAGCCCUUAACCCCAGCGCAGCAGCACUAACCACGAAUCGACGAUCCGGCUACACAUCUGCUACCGAUUUAGGCGUGACCAUCUCCUUCUCGGGACCAUCCAGUGUCGAAGUCGGCAAGCCAUUCCACUGGGACGUAUUCAUUGUCAACCGGUCGGAGAAGUCGAGGAAAUUUGCCAUGGCGGCCGUGCCGCGGAGGAAACGGGCAGAUGUGCGGCGCAGCAGACAUAUUUCCCGGCCGUCAUCAUCGUCUGUUUCGAGUGUGCGUCGGGACGAGCAGAUUGCGGAGGCAGUAACGGAUGAGAAUAUUGUGUAUGCGAUGCAGAAGAAUGCGAUCCCGUAUGAUACAGAGGUGAUAUAUUUGAGCACAGAUAUUAGGGUUGGGUGA